AAAAAAUUAUCGUUGAAUAAACCAUAGAUUAUACAAUUAUCUGACUUAAACCCUUUUUAACAGGAUAACAGCUUAACUGUCCUGUUUAAUACUAUUCUAUCAGGGCCAUUAUUAAUAGAGUAACAGAAGACUUUUCUGCCACUUUGAUGGAGUCUUCUUCCAGGAAAACUUCAGCAUGAUCUCCCCUUUUCCUGUCUCAUCUGAUCAAACCCAUACUAGACGGCCAAAUUUGAAACCCUGAUUUCAGAGCUGAAAUUUGUUUCAGGUAAGCAAAUCGGGGAACUGGGUUUGUUGCCUCAUUAAACAGAGAGAUCAUGAGUUGCUUUUGUUGCGGUUCAUCGUCCCAAAUCAAAGCAUUGAGAAGUAGUCAAUCACAACUUGACAACAAUGACCCUAACACGCCUGGGGCUAACAAUGACAGUGGUUCACUCAUCACAAAAGGUUUUACUCUUCAAGUACUAACUGAUGCAACAGACAACUUUAGUCCUGAAUGCCUGGUGGACGUAGGCAGCUUUGGUAAAGUUUACAGAGGGAAUCUCAGGGAAACUGGAGAGAUUGUAGCUGUCGAGCAUCUGGACAUGAAUGGAUCAAGAGGACACAGAGAAUUUCUUGUGCAGGUGAUGAUGUUGAGCAUCCUACAUCAUCCAAAUCUGAUCAAUUUUAUAGGAUACUGUGCUCAAGGAAAUGAGAGAAUUUUAGUUCAUGAAUAUCUGCCUUUGGGAUCCCUAGACCAGCAUCUACACGAUAGAUCAUCCAAGCAAAAUCCGCCCUUAAAUUGGUAUACAAGAAUGAAAAUAGCUCUUGGAACUGCUAGUGCAUUAGAAUAUAUGCACAGUAAAGCCAUCCCUCCGGUCAUCUACAGAAACCUGAAACCCUCUAACAUCUUACUAGACAAUGAUUUUAAUGCUAAGCUCUAUGAUUUUGGUCUGUCUAAGCUUGGACCUACUGGUGAUAAGGAACAUGUUUCUGCUUCCAUAAUGGGAACCUUUGGCUACAUUGCACCAGAGUACGAAAAAACAGGGCUUUUGACUCUGAAGGCAGAUGUAUAUAGCUUUGGAGUUGUUUUAUUAGAAUUGGUCACAGGGCGAAGAGCUGUUGACAUCACAAGGCCAUCUAAGGAACAGAAUCUGGUGUCCUGGGCCAACCGGAUAAUGAAGAAACCAAAGAAGUUUCCAGAGUUAGCUGACCCGCUCCUGCAGGGGAAUUUUCCAGCUCAAGGAUUCAACCAAACAAUGGCGGUGAUAGCCAUGUGUCUUGAAGAAAAACAAACAGCACGACCAAUGAUGAGUGAUGUUGUUGCUGCCAUCAAGCACAUUUCGUCAGAAAAACUUGAUGAUAACGUAAAUUCUCCUCCUCUUGAAGCUGGUGUAGAGUCUAAUGACUUGGUGAAGGGUGCUGAUCAUGGAAUAUAGUGACGAAGAGUAAAGAACCCUUCAAUUCAGUACCAGGACACCAUAUGGACAGCAUCAUUUUCAUUGCAUUGUAAAUAUCAUGCUUGUUUUCCUCUCAUUGUAGAUUUCCACUUGUGUAUAACCAAAGUUUUAUUUUUAUUUUUUUGAAAUGGUAAGAAGAAAAGGAAAAGCACUAGGAGACCCUCAUCACGAGGGGAACACAUAAUGCAUACUUGUGUAUAACCAAAGUACAUGUAAUAGCCUAAUAUUUUGUGAUUUGCUGAGUAAGCGUAUGAUUUGUGAAUAAGAGAAAUGAUAUACAGAGAGUUAGUGACAGUAA